CCGUUUGUUCGCUUUUCUUGCCUGUACAUUACAUCCAUCCAUUCGUUUCACGCCACCCGCACCCAGCUGAUCGCCGCGACAUGGAUUCCGACAUGUCCACCUACGACGCCAUCGUCUUCCCGGCAGACGACCGCCCACCGCACGUAGUCCCGCUCAUGACGACCGCCGUCUCGCUCCCGACGGUAUACGCCGAGCCGUACCGCUGUGGGCGCGCUCCCCACCCGGAGGUGUACAUGGAUUACAUCGCCGACCAACUUGGCUCCCAUGCAUGGCAGUACCAUCUCGUAGAAGCUCUUGACGGCAUGAUCAAGAAGUUCCCGACGCCAUACAUCCUCUUCUAUCCUGUCAUCUCGCGGGACGGAAUGCCGUUCCCAGUGAACAAGUGCAUCCGUGAGAUCCAAGGACAGAGGUACGAUGAAGCGCGGGCGUGGCGAGGCAACCUCGUCGUAGCGAAGUACCGCGAUACGGCAUACUCUGCUAUGAUCGACGCCUCGAUGGCGGACUUUCCCAUCAUCAAGAACUAUUUGUCGACUCACCUCUCACCUUCAUAGAGAGCUUGUUUGUGUCGGUCCCCCGUUGUCGGAUCCCCGUGGGCUUGGUGACAGCUUCUUUGACGCUUCUAACGCAUAUCAACGCUCCCUAAACAGUCCGUUCGCUGGCGUGUAUAUAUCAGUACAGUGACC